CACUCACCAGUCAGGCAGUCACCACACUCUUUCUUCCUCCCCUUAUCUUUUGUUCAGACACCUAAACCGAACCGUAUCCUUUAGGUGCCAGGAAGAGACAGAACGCUCUUCUCCACUAGUCACAUGCCGUGCUAGAGUCCAGUAUCCAUGGCUGCUUUCUGGUUACUGCUGCUGUUCGUUGUCACUGCAGUCUGGGUACUUCGUACAUGGACAGGCCGGAGGUUCGGCAAGAAGGCGCGGCAGCCGGCGACGUACCCGCCUGGGCUGCGGCCGUACCCGCUGAUCGGCCACCUGCCGCAAUUCCUUGCGAACCGGCACCGCGUGCUGGACUGGAUGACCGAGGCGGUCGCUCGCCAACCCACGUGCACGUUCGUGCUGCGACGGCCGGGCGGCGUGCGGGGCGUCAUCACCGCGAACCCGGCGAACGUGGAACACUUCCUGCGCGCCAGCUUCGACAACUACCCCAAGGGCCCUCGGUUCGCGUCCCUGCUGCACGACUUCCUGGGCCGGGGCAUCUUCAAUGCGGACGGCGACGCCUGGCGCGCGCAGCGGAAGGUGGCCAGCUACGAGUUCAACACGCGCUCGCUCCGCGCCUUCGUGGCGCGGUGCGUGCACACCGAGCUGCACGGGCGCCUCCUCCCGCUGCUGCAACGCACCGCGGCAUCGGGCGGCAGUCUCGACCUCCAGGACGCGCUGGAGCGGUUCGCGUUCGACAAUAUAUGCCGCGUCGCCUUCGACCACGACCCGCGGCAGCUCCCGGACGAAGGCGACGACGCUGGUAAGGACGUCGAUGGAACCGGGGGAAGCAGGUUCGCCGACGCGUUUCGCGACGCCGCCAACCUCAGCGCGGGCCGGUUCAGGUACGCCGUCCCGGCGUUUUGGAAGGUAAAAAAAUCGCUGAACGUGGGGUCCGAGAGGCGUCUGCGCGAGUCCAUCGCCAUGGUGCACGACUUCGCCGACCGCAUAAUUCGGGCGCGGCGGGAGGGGAUGACGAGCACCGGCUGCGAGAAGCAUGACCUCCUGUCGCGGUUCAUGGCGAGCCAGGACGAGAGCUACUCCGAGUCUGGGGUGCCCCUCCGCGACGUCGUGAUCAGUUUCCUCCUCGCGGGCCGGGAGACCACGUCCUCGGCGCUCACCUGGUUCUUCUGGCUGCUGUCCUCGCGUCCCGACGUGCAGCGCCGCAUCCGCGACGAGGUCGCCGCGGUGCGCGCCCGCCGUCCACAGGGCGACCUCCGCAACGUCGUCGGGUUCGACCUGGACGAGCUGCGGGAGAUGCACUACGUGCACGCGGCCAUCACCGAGUCGAUGCGGCUGUACCCUCCCGUGCCUUUCAACGCUCUGCGGGCGGAGGCGGACGACGUCCUGCCCGACGGCACGGCCGUGCGGGCGGGGUGGUUCGUGGCGUACAACUCGUACGCGAUGGGGCGUAUGAAGUUCGUCUGGGGCGAUGACGCUCUGGAGUACAGGCCCGAGCGGUGGCUGGACCCCGCCGACGGGUCGUUCCGGCCGGACAGCCCGUUCCGGUUCGUGGCGUUCCACGCGGGGCCGAGGCUCUGCCUGGGCAAGGAGAUGGCAUACAUCCAGAUGAAGUCCAUCGUGGCGUGCGUGCUCGAGGAGCUCGACAUGGCGGUCGACGGCGCGUACCGCCCUCAGCAGGUCGCGUCGCUGACGCUGCGGAUGCGAGGCGGGCUCCCCGUGACCGUGAAGUCGAGGCGGGACUGAUGACUGUGGUGCGAUCAGCCGACCACCUGGCGCAGACGACUGGGUCAAGUGACAGUGUCUUGCGUCGCGUUUAGGAUUAGUACACUCUUGCGGGUCCCAUCUGUCAGAGGGUGCUGAGCACUUCAAAUAAUAGGAGAUCCCCAUCUCUUUAUUGA